CUCGACUCCGCUGUCUGAAUCUAUGAGUAUUCCUGACAUACUUAAAACUUAUUCCGUGGUUAAGCUCGCUAACCGGCCAGAAAUCGCCGGCUAAGCUAUUCCCGAGCUUAUUCUCCGGUUAGGCGUUAGCCUGGGUUCGUACAACGCUUUUCUCGCGCUAUUCCGGGGUUAGAGCUUAACCGGCUGCUAACUGGGCGUUGUACAACCGGCCCAUAGCAAAAUGUUACGGUACUUUGAACUAGGGAGUCUAGUUUUGAAAUGAAUAAUAUGCCAAGAACUGCUACCUUAUUUGCAUUCCUCAUCUGGGUAGAACUGAUAAAACAAUUGCUCCAGGUACAACUCCCUUGGUCCUCUCAACAACAUGCCGCACGGCAGCACAUGGUCACGUGAUGCCCCACCAUGCACGAAAUUCCAUAGAGAAAUGCGACGAAAAGCGUAUGAGCAGAGCAGGCAGAAGCACGGGCUGCCUUCGUUAUCUUUGUUGCGCAUGCGCAGCACAGCCCGUUGUCUGGCCCUGUCUGCCAAUCCAAACGAACCUUCUGUGAGAAAAAUCGUGCCUGUGGAAACUUCAUGGCGCCACUGCAGUUUGAGCGACAUUCAGUGGCGCCAUUUUAGUUGCUCUUGGAAUCCGGACCGGAACAGGAAGUUUGGUGUGUUGCAGUCUACUGUUCUGGUGCAUAGUGCUCAGGAGUUCAUUUGGAUUAUGGUGCGCUGAGGGGUAGGUGUGUGGGAUGUUCCGUGUUGGUUGCAAAGUUAUUUCCUUUGUAAGAAAAAAAAAUACUUGUUCUUACAGAAGCAUUAAUAUUCUAUGAGCUGUAAUCUGUAAAACAGUUCCAGGAAACAGACUAUUUAGUUAGGACGGGUGUGUUCAUUUUGAAAUGAUAGACAUGGACGCCCACGUGGAAGAGCGCGGCGGUGAAAGGUUAGUGGAAAGAACGUUGACAGCAGAUGAACGUAGCAAAUUAGAGAGUCAAAAUAGCAGACUAGUUCCUCAGUUUCUGGCAACGAAAUUAGAAUUAGAAGCAAAGAAGAAUUGGGAUCUGUUUUAUAAACGAAACGACACGCGGUUUUUUAAGGAUAGACAUUGGACUGUUAGAGAAUUCAGUGAAUUAUCAGAGUGUUCGGCUAGUGAAACUUCUAAAGUUCUUUUAGAAGUAGGUUGCGGAGUGGGAAACUUCGUUUACCCAUUAAUUGAGGAGAAAUUGAAUUUGUUCAUUUAUGCAUGCGAUUUCUCGCCGAGAGCUAUAGAAUACGUGAAGUCGCAUUCGUUGUACGAUGAGACGAGGAUAAAAGCGUUUCAGGUGGACAUAACAACUGAUGAAAUAUUUCAUUUUUUGCAAUGUGGAUCAGUCGAUAUUGUAACAUUGGUCUUCGUACUUUCUGCUGUUCAUCCAGAUAAGUUCUUGCAAACAUUGAGGACAUUAUUUAAAUUGUUGAAGCCAGGAGGAAUUCUGCUGUUUAGAGAUUAUGGUCUUUACGACAUGGCACAACUCAGGUUUAAAGCCGGAAAUAAAAUAGCGGAAAAUUUUUAUAUGAGGCAGGAUGGUACAAGGAGCUAUUACUUUUCGGUUGAAGAAGUUCACAAGUUAGUGGAAGAUGCUGGAUUUCAAGUCAUCGCUAAUUCAUACAUUCACAGGAGAACAGUUAACAAAAAGGAAGAGAUUAAUGUACCCAGAAUUUUUAUUCAAGGAAAAUACAGAAAAGUUCCUCGAUAAUAGGGUAGAGAGUAACAGUGGCAAAAUAGGAGUGCUGCAAACAAGUUACUUAGAAUGAUGAAUUUUGCUGUACCUUAUGGCACUCCAGGGAAGAAUUUGGGUUUGGCAAAUGCCUGAUGAAUGUUACGUGCCAUAUCCACUAUUAGAUGCCUGGAGACUUGUGAUCAGGAAAUGUAAAUACAUUACGUAUGUGGUGUAGAAGAAAAGGCCAUAACAUUUUGACAAAGAAUACGAAUGUAUGGCUAGACUGCUAUCUGUACUGUUUGGAUAGUGAAUUUUGUGUGUGCCAGCUGGUCUCUAUGGCAAUUUAAUUUACACUAAAGGUAAGCAUUUAUAAAUUACUACAUUUGAGUUUUGGAGAAAUUUUGUCUCAGUUGGUGGUUUAAAUUUGCUGGUUCAUGCUAAUAAUGGGUUGCUGGUUUAAAUUUGCUGGUUUGUUGUAAUGGGGUUCAGAAUACAGAAAUUCUUACCAGUGUGUAUAGUGGUGUCCAUAUAAUUAGAUGGAUGGAGCAGUGUGUAAUGCAAGCAGCAAUGUACCAAUUGCUCCAGCUAGUAUUGUAAUUAUGCCUUGACUAUUUGUGGGUGACCUCAGAUGUUAAGUCCCAUAUUGCUUAAAGCCAUUUGAACCAUUUUGACCAUUUGUGGGCUUUGGAAUGUGCAUAGAACACCAAACAUUAAUUUUAAUAUUACAUUAGGAGUGGUGAGGGUACUUAGACUCUAUAGUGAUUAGUGUUGCAGUACAAAGUUAAGAUUGCCAACUGUCCCAUGAAGUAAGGUAUUUUCUGUAUUUACGCUUGCAAAAAUUAUCCCAUAUCAAGCUUAAAAUAAUUGAUUUAAUAUUUUUAUUUUGAUGUACAUCAUCUGUUACUCACUACUUCACUAUUAGGUGUAGCCUGUUCACUGCAUUGACAUACUGAAGUAUCAAUUAUUCUUACUUCUUUUUCAGAACAGGAUAUGGUACAUUGCAUUAUUGAUUCAUUGUUAGACAAUGCAUUUGUUCACAUCAGCUUUAUUUAAAUUGAAGUUACAAAAGGUGACAACUUUGAAUGUGGUUAUAUUUAAAUGGGGCAAUACUAACUGCAGGUCUGAAACAAUAGAAGCUACAUGUAGACAUUAGACAUUGUUAGUGGUUGAUGUUUGACAUUAGUUGCAUGUGAAUACAAUUAACACCAAAGUAGUAAUGUAUUAAUUUACCUUUUAAGUCAGUGUGUUUGAGAAAAAUUGGAAAAGACAUGUCCCUCCCCAGCAUGUCAAAAAUAAUUUGUUCAAGGUAAAAUGCACAAGAUAUAACGUAAGUGUGGCAGGAAUUUUUUGUGAAAUCCCUAAAAAUAACUGUUCAUUACAGAAACGAAAUAGGCACAAGUGUACUCCAGAAUACGACCAGUGGCAUACUUACAUGUUUCGGUAGGAAUGUUGUUAGUGCUUGCCAUAGGCAAAAACUAUAAUUAUCCUUCAAAAAAGAGUUGAAUUCUUGAACAAUUUCACACAAUUGGCUUUCCAGGUGCAAAGUCAAAGUGCUUGACAGAACAUGUAUUCAACCAGAUAACCUAUGAAGUGUUGUAUGUACAAUAGUGAAAUUUAUAAUCAGGAUUGUCCGAUUUGCAGUUGCUGCAAUUUAAGCUGUACUUGUAGGAUUCUGCAUAACCACACCCUUGGAAAAAGUGGCAAAAAUUUCCUAUUUGUGUUUUUGCUUCUAAGUGGUGUUGCUAUUGGACUACAUAGCAUGGCCUACGAUCUGACUGUCUGUCAUUGCUUGGUGGAUCAUGUGAUAUGGCUGACUAAAGUGCACCAUGCAGCAGUCUUGAUUUCAGUGCUUUGGAAACUACUAUGCUGUAUUUAAUGGAAUUUAUACUUCAUCUUGCAUAAUAAAAAAAUAUGCAAUAGGCCUAUACAUGUUGCCCUGCAUCAAAGAUCUUUCCAAAACAUUGAUAAGCUUAACAACUCUGAGGGACAGUAUGUUGUAACUUAGCAAGGUGGAAAAAAUUUAGACAUCUGAGAAAGUGUAUUUUCACCCAGUAAAAAGCCUUUCUGCUGGAAAUUUUUUUCUUACCUGUAUAUACUCCCAGAUCUUACACGUCUUGUAUUGUAGUAUGAAUUGUAUCAAAAUUUGCCAAAAUAGUUGUCUGCAAUGAUGAUAUAAUAGUUCAGAUGAACAACUGUGAUAUAUUUUCAUGUCUUUCGCUCCUAUCUGACUGUUGCGUGUAAGCUGUAAUAAUUGCUGAAAAUAUUAUUGAUGAUAAUGCCUAUUAUUCAUUUUCUGUUUCAGAUGAAGUGAAUUGGGUGCAAUGAAUUAAAGAUGAAAUGCUGCGGCAGUUGCAGUAAUUUAAGGUGAAUGCUGUGCCAGUAAGAUGAAGGAUAAUGGAAAUCUUGUUGGACCUAAUGACAACUAUAUGGACUCUACUUCAGCUGACAACGAAUCCUGCGAAUCUUCACAUCAGGCUGUAUAUGGUGACAUCUGUGAUGUGUCAAUUGGAUGAGAACACGUCAUUAAGAUAUUACUUAGCCUAUGUCAUGAAAGUUUUGUGGAAACUACUCAUUUUGAUUAUUGGAGAGUGAGAAGUGUUACUAGAAGCUGUGAAAUCAGUGACGGUUGGCACUUCUCUGAUGUUAUUACCUUUUGAAAUGUCUGAAGCAUCUGCAAUCUGUAGAGAACGGGAUAUAUUCGUGCAACAUGUUGGGAGAAAUUGUAUGAUUGAAAUGAGGAUGAUCACAUCCACAUCAUUCGCGAUGUCAGUUCUCAUGCUGGUGCAGAUUCAGAUUUAGCCCACUGCUUUCUUCAUC